GAGCUUAAAUCCUUUUAUUAACUUUGCCUCAAAUUUUACAACACAGUGUCCUGUUUUAUUAAGAUAAUUGGUAGUUCUUAAAUUACAAUAGCGGCAAUAUUAAUAUCGAGUUGUUUUUCAAUUUCCAGUGGAUUUUUGACGUUGCUUCUACUUGCUCGUUUUCAUCAAGUUUUCUUCAUGUAGUGAUUAGGUUUUCACAAUGUGUCUAAAAUAAGUAGUUUUUUAAGAAAUCCCCAAUUUUCCUUUAAAUGACUCCCACGAAAACAACAAAAACUGAAGUAGAAAUGGUGAUACGAAACAGAAAGACUGUUAUGAAAGACGGGAUUAUGACAAUGUCGGGUAUCGGUGAGCCUUCUGUUUUCCACGCAUUGGUGGUCAUCUUCUUGGAGUUCUUCGCGUGGGGCCUGCUCACCAUGCCGUUCAUAUCGGUGCUGAACGCGACGUUCCCGGAUCACACGUUUCUAAUGAACGGAUUGAUAAUGGGCAUCAAGGGCAUUUUGUCGUUCCUGUCAGCUCCCCUCAUAGGUGCCUUGUCCGACGUGUGGGGUCGAAAGUUCUUUCUGCUAGUCACCGUGUUUUUCACUUGUGCGCCGCUGCCUCUCAUGACUAUAAACACUUGGUGGUUCUUCGCCAUGAUCAGUAUCAGCGGAGUGUUCGCUGUGACAUUCUCGAUCGUGUUCGCGUACGUCGCCGACGUGACGACGGAGGCGGAGCGCUCGCGGGCGUACGGACUCGUGUCUGCGACAUUUGCAGCCAGCAUGGUAAUCUCGCCCGCGCUGGGGGCUUACUUGAUGGACCUGUAUGGAGAAGCGCUUGUCGUCGCCGCAGCCACUGCUGUUGCCGUCCUGGACGUUUUCUUCAUCAUGGUCGCCGUCCCUGAAAGUCUACCUGAAAAAGUGCGACCUAGUGGCUGGAGCCCAUCUAUUAGUUGGGAGCAAGCGGACCCCUUCACAGCCUUGAGGAAAGUGGGAGCAGAACCUACAGUGCUCAUGUUGUGCUUAGCUGUGUUCCUAUCAUACUUGCCGGAGGCAGGACAGUACUCGUGCAUAUUUGUGUAUCUCAAACUAGUGAUGGGCUUCGGAGUGGUCCAAGUGGCAAUAUUUAUUGCAAUAGUGGGAGUGCUCAGCAUUGGUGUGCAAGUGAUUCUCGGAUUCUUGAUGAAAACUUUAGGAGCUAAACACACAAUUAUGGUUGGACUAUUAUUUGAAAUGCUGCAACUGAUGUGGUAUGGCUUCGGAAGCCGAACAUGGAUGAUGUGGGCUGCGGGCAUUCUGGCUGCACUUGCCUCACUAACUUACCCUGCAUUUAGUGCAUAUGUGUCGGUAAACAGCAGAGCAGACCGCCAAGGCGUCAUGCAAGGCAUGGUGACGGGAGUAAGAGGUCUGUGCAACGGCCUCGGGCCGGCUAUGUUCGGAGUUAUAUUCUAUUUGUUUCAUGUUGAUUUGAACGAAGACCAUAUCAAGCCAGGUAUAGAUCCUCAGCAUCCGAGCCCUGAUCAAAAUGCUCGUAUAGUGCCAGGUCCGCCGUUCGUGCUAGGAGCUUUGCUGGUGAUCUGUGCGCUGCUUGUUGCGGCAUUUUUGCCGGAAGAUGUGUCUGUCGGUGGGAACCGGCGGCCGUCGCCGGUAGACCUUCGUUACGAGGUGGAGCACGGGCGGCGCGUGGCGGGCCCGCUGUCGCCGCUGAUGGCGCCCGAGUCGGCCGCGCUCUAGCCCGCGCCGGCGCCGGGCAAGGCGGCCCGCGCGGCCAGCGUGUGACUCUGUGCGGUGAGGCGCCUCCGCGCGCUGACAAAGCUAACUCAGUGAGUGAAGUGAGUUCUUACGAUCUGUUGCACCAACUACAUUCCCGUGUUACAAUAUGUAAACUAUGCUUCAUCUAUCCACGUUUUUAAGCUUUAUAUCUAUUUUUGUAAUACUUUCCUGUUUGUAGCCUAAGAGGCGUGUGUACAUAUUUUGUCGGAAUAAAAAAAUCAUUGUAAUCAUUUUACAAGGCCUCUCUUUUAGGAUUUAGAGCCAAACAUCACACAUGUCACUAAAAUAUUAGCUUUAAUGAGAAAAAAAGUAUAAAUGAGUGCCAGUUGUGGUCAAUUUCAAUCAUAUGAUUUCUGCUAUUAAUAAAUGAAACAGGGGAAUUACAAAACCUUUAUCUUAAACUAAAAUUCAUAUGAAAAAGUCAUUCAAUAAUAUGAUAAAAUUGUUCCAAAAUUUGUUGAUAGAAGGCAAUGUUAACCAGUGACUAUGAGGCAGUCAGUACAUAAAGUAACAUAGAUAAUUGCAUGAAGUUAUCACACUUAUGUGGAAUUGAUAAGUUGGUUGCAAACUCAGCAUUUAUACUGUUGUAUGUUAAUCUUGGGGUAUGGCAGGCAUGUUCACGCACAUAUAAAAUGUGCAACUAUCUGGGUUUAAAUUUUUUAUAUUUUACACAGGGUGUAGUCUUAAUUUCAAAUAACUUGAAGCCACUUUUUUAUUAUUUAACACUCCCAUGUGAUUUUCAUAAAUUAUAAACAGCUGGUAUGUGAGUUUAACGAAAUUUUAAGUAAGAACUAACACAUCUAUUGCUUUGCAUAAGAAGAAGUAGAAAUAUGAAGGAUUUGGUCUAUGCCAAUUCCUUUAGAAAAAAGGGUGAUUGAAUGUUUGCUUGAAUGUUAACUAUGAAAUUUUGCACCUUUGUCGAAUGUCAUAGGAUAAAAUUAAGCCAGUAUUAUAUGUACACAAACAAUGAACCAUAGACAACCAUUUUAAUCAAAAUUAUAAAGAAAAUUAAAUGACCAUUUUUUUUUUAAUUUAAGUAUCUGGUACAGCACAGCUAAAAAAUAUAUAUUAAAAAUUGUGUAGUCUUUUUAUUAGGUAGAUAUUCAAAUACGCUCAAUCGACAUUGACUCAAACCUCUAACCUCCCAGUUCAUAUUUUUUACACAUAUGUAUGCAUAAUCUAUUGCAUAAUAUAUACCUAUUUGUUAUGUUCUGAGUUAUCUACUUUAAUAUUAUAAAGUUCCAAUUUUCGAAAUUAUACAUUAAAGAAAUAUUUCCAAUGGUCUACAAAUCUCUGAUUUGGAAGAAAUUUAAAAGAUAUGUAAGAUUGUUCAAUAGAAAAGUUUGUGGGGCACAACUUAAUUUCAUUUCCCACUGUCAACAGUAGGAUACGCCGAACAUUAAAAUCAAGCUAAAUUACAGAGCCUUUUAACUAAGCUUUGGACAGACAGACAUGACAAGCCAUGGGUUCCUACCUACACCACGGAACCCUAAAAGUAAUAAAAAAAAAUGCGUAUAAAUAAAUCAGACUACGCCUAGAAAUGUCAGUGACGGCAUUGGCGCCAGGAUCAAUAAGAGAAAGUGCCGCUAUACAAUAGCUAUGACGACAAACAACUCACAUCGCGUGUACUUAUAUUAUAGAAAAACAAAAAUGAAAAAAAAAGAAUCCAUAAAGUUCGCGUAAAAAAAAUAUAAAUUGUUUUUCCAUUAUUUCUAAUUCUGGUAGAAAUUUCUCUAGAAAUAAGUAGUGCCCUUGUACUAAAUUUCUCCUUUCUUUCUCCAGAAGUUUUCGAUUUGUACUUAGUCUAAGUUCUACGUGUAGUUUUAUGUUUUUCUUCCUUUUUUCCUUGUUAUUUAAAGAAAAUCAGGCCAAUAACAAAAAGUGAAUUAAAAUUCCAAAUUCAAACUUGAAACAUGCUGUCUCACGUCCGUAUGCUGCAUACGACGCUUUGAAGCAUCUAAUUGGGAAUAGCUGGGACAGGAAAUAAAAAUCGAAGCAUUUUUUUUUCUUACCCUAUUUUGUGGUCAUUAUUGUUCAAAGGCCUACCCUUUCUCCCUCCACAAGACUAUAUAUAAAGCAUAGUUUUGCCAUCUACUGAGAAAGGUUAUAAAUGAGAGGUGAGAGGUGUAUAGAUUUUAUCAGACUUUUCAAGACUGUUGGCUCCGUCUACCCCGCAAGGUAUAUAGACGUGUAUGUAUGUACAACACAAGCCCUAGAAAGGCCGCCUGCAAAUUUUCGUGAGCUUUUCUUGAAAGUUUUCUUUUCUGUACCAAACACACGGCUGGUACGGUCUUGACUCUAGUUUUUCGUCCGCAAUGCACUGUCAUGGCCGCAGCUCUUUAACGUGACCUUCAUGCAGAUUGUGUUAGUACGAAUAACUAUUGUUUCGAAGCCUUGAUAAUUUUUUUGGCAAAAUGUAUUGAAGAAAUGUUUUAAUUUGUUAAUGUAAUUGCCUAUUCUCUAUGCGAUGAUGAUGCCAUGUUUAGUUAAAAUUUAAAGUGACUGACUGACUAACAAGCUAUACCUACACAUUGGCUAUGAAUACCCCGUAAGGGAUAUGGUUAGGCGUGAUAGAAUAUCUACUUAAUUCGUAAGGGUUCGGAGGAUAAAACCCUGGUAACGAUGUCUCCUGAUCCACUCGCGGAUUGUCCUAUGGUGUCCAUAAACGUGCUCGUAUCGCAUAAACUAAAAUACCAUGUAUCUGGGUCACGCACAUCGGUUGUGAUGUCUGCCUGUCCCAUUGUGUAGAAUUUUCAUGCCCACAUAAUUAUAGUCACGUUUAUAUCCCUUUGGGGGAUAGACAGAGCCACGUGUUUAUGAUGGAAUUGAAACUCAAAUAGCGACAGGUUGCUAGCCUGUCGCCUAAAUGAAGAAUCCCAAGUUUAUAAUAAUAGCUUCCCUUAGUCGCCUUUUACCACAUCAAUGGGAAAUAGAUGCAGUGGUCCUAUUCUUUUUUUUCUAUCGGUGAUUAAUUUGGAAAUGAGAGCAAGGAAAAUUAAAUCACAUUGGAUAACGAUAACGUCGAAUAAACGAUAAAUGUCAACCACCUGUGCCCACUUGUAGAAAAACACUAAAAUGUGUUGCCUUAAUCAUUGCAUCUAAUUAAUAAAUUACAAUAAAUUUUUUUUUAAUGUUUAAAAUAAUUAAAUAACAAAUACUAAGAACCAAAGAAAGCAAACGACAUUUUUAUGUUUGUCAUAAAGUUAAUAAACUCAUAAAUAAACAAAAUAUUAUCUUGCUUACAGUACUGAUAAACUAAUUCAUUGUUAUCGCAAUGAAUUACCUUUUUCCGUAUAUAACCAAUCCAAUAAGUUAUUUUUGUGAUAAAUUAUUUAUUAAAAACUUUAUUGCACAAAAAGAAAUGUACAAAAGGCGGACUUAAUGCCGUUUAGCAUUCUCUACCAGUCAACCAGCUGACCGAACAGAAAAACUUUUAAGUUGGUGGUGCGAUAAAGUGCACGUGCAAAAUGCAAAGUGAAAAAUACAAACAUUACAAAAAAAAUCAUAAAAAAUAAAUAAAAUAAAAUAAAAAAUAAAAAUAAAAUAAAAUAAAAAUCUUUUAUUUUCAGACAACAAAAUCCAUAGAAAAGUUAGUAGUAUAGGUACUUACACUAUGUUAGUAAACUUUUAUAAAUACAUACAAGAUACAUUAUAAAUACAGUACCCGGUUGACCUAGCUUUGCUCGGUAUACCAGAGAUGGCGCUGAUAUAGUUUCUUAAAACGCGGUUUUUAAAAUGUAUAUAUAUCUUGGGAACCGAGCUUUUCUCGAACCUAGGACUUUGAUAAAUCGAUUCCUUGAGCCGAAAAGCCCCUAAUCUGUAACUUUCAUAAAAAUCGUUGGAGCCGUUUCCGAGAUUCUGAUUAUAUAUAUACCAGAAUUGCGUAUCGUUUAAAUAUAUUAGAUAUACAUACAUAAAACACUCGUAUCAAAUUAGGAUGACUCAUUAUUGAUCUGCCGAAGAAAGAAACCCAUUCACAGUAUGUUUGAACGCAGAGCGACUUAUUUAAAUUAUAACGUAUUUUAAAAGUAAAAGAAAUUAUUACAUUUAAAUUUGACAGUAUCAGUACAUUGUUUUACCUCUGCGAUACGUACAUACUUACAAUCCACAUCCCUUGCGGGGUAGAUAAAGCCGACAGUCUUGAAACGACUGUAAGGCUAACAGUGUACCUUUAUGAUGGAAUAUAGAUUAAAAUAGCGAUAGGUUGCUGGCUCAUCGCCUAUAAGAGGAAUCCCGUUAUAAACCUUUCCCUUAAUUGCUUAUGAUCUCUACGAUCUUCAAACUAAAAACACUUUUUACAAAUCAGUUAGUUCAUAAUUAAUAUCAUUAAUCCACUAAUGUCAAUGCAAUUGCAACUAUUUUUCCUGGUGGAAGAGGCACAGAUAUGCGCAGACGCGUAAAUACAAAACGGGAAUUCCCUAAAUAGCAUAGACAAUAUAUCAAUAUAUAGACGUUACGUUUAGUGGCAUCAUACUUUGAACCAUUUAUCGUGCUAAUUAGACGUAAGAUCCAGCAAGGUGCAGAGGGUAGCUUGAUAACCUUAUCAGAGGACCACUAACAGGGCAUUUACGCCCAUAAAAACUUGUUCAACACAAACACAGAUAAAUCCCAUCCCGAUUUCAAUCUAGCAAAAUUUUUUAAUAUAUAUUUCCUAUGGAUGUGGUAAAAGGCGACUAGGGAAUGAGCUUAAAAACUUGUGAAUCCUCUUGUAGGCGAUUGGCUGGCAAUCUACCACUAUUUAUAUCUCAGUUCCAUCAUGCAGCCGUACAACUGAAUGUGGCCUUUCAGUUCGCAACUGUUGACUCUGUCUGUCCCGAAAGGGAUAUAGAUGUGACGAUAUGUAUGUGUAUGUAAUAUCGGUAACAUACAAAUGUCCUUGUUUAACUUUAGAAAUAACGGUUUGCCAACUGCAGUUAUAACUAAUUUUUGGUGAUAUAUAAGUACUUUAAUUCUGCAAAGGUUUAGUUUGAAAUGAAAGUACAUACGUAUCUUAUCGCUACAUUCAGGCCGAGAGGCGUGAUUGGUGGCCCGGUGUUUAUCGAUGAUCGGAUCACAUUAGUUGUACAUAGUGUUAUAAAUAUUAGAGCGUCAGUGGUCGCAGAAAGGCACCCUCGGCCAUGUAUCUGCUGAUUAUAUGUUUAAUUCUUAUUUCAAUAGCAUGCAAUCUGUAUUUUUUUUUCAAAUUCAAAAUUUUUAUUCAUUAUUAUAGGAUACUUUAUAUCGCUUAAUAAUUGUCAAAACGUAUGGUUUAACAACAUGAUGGUUGACGUCAAAUAAAUUACUUAAAACUAAGUUUACUGCCGCUUCCAAGGCGUCAGUGCAGAAGAAGCGGUAACAAACUGCACUGCAGCAUUUUCUUCGACAACGUCAACUUCACAAUAUCAAUUAAGCUUAGAAUAGAAUGUGGACGAGAGAAUACAUUGUUCAGAUUAAUAUAUUUAUUCUGUAACAUACACCUGUAAACCGGUCAUAAAUUAGCCACGAGUGCUCACGUAAGCUCAAAAAUAUAAGCUGCGGUAUAUUUCGUUCGGCCGAGGUUUCUGCUUAAAAAGCGAGUCCUGAGGUUUUCGCUACACGCUCCUUUCAGUGUUUAUUUAGGUGGCAUUGUUUGUGGGUCCGAUCUGAACCUACGUCAUGGCUGACGUGAUGCCACCGCACACCCCAAUUAUAAUACAGCUGCUCUUUUUGUUUGUAGGCAUAGUAUAGAUUUCUGUUCUACGUUUAUAAGAAAAGUGGGGAAUAAAUGGUUCAGAUUCUAAAUUCCUUAUAAAAAAAUAUGACACUGUUGCACUGAAUUGGUUUAGUUAAACGAUUAUGUUAUAUAUAACAUAAUCAUAUCAUCAAUACAUAAAUUUGAAAACUCAAAGAUUCUUUUUUAGUGUACAAUAUUCGUACUGCGGUAAAAGUCCCGAGUCCGCAAUUUAACCAUAAUUCCGAAGUCAUCAAGACCCUAAAAAGUCAUUAAGACGUCACAGCCGAUAUUAAUUUACUUGGGAGUAAUCGAUAAGAUGUCGACUUUCUAUUUUGAAUUUGGUAAACAUUUACCGAAGACUAAUUUUAGUAAAAUAAGUCUAGAAGACUUUUACUUAAUUUUACGAAAGUAAAGUAAGUGUUCUAAUUUUGGUUAAACUUAAUAUUUAUUUUCUUGAACUCAAUUUUUGUAACCAAUAACCAAAUAAAUGUAGUUACUAAAUCCUUUUUAUUAUUUUAGGAACAAAACCAUAAAAAAAUACUAUAAUAGACAUAACGACGUCAAGCAUAGGGUCUGAACGGCGGUCGCAUAUCGAUUCUGCGACAUUGCUGCAGUAUCCAAGGGCAGGAUUGCGUUUACAGACAUACGGUUACUAGCUUCUUCCCGCGACUUUCCCCGCAUAUUGUCAUAUGAUAUGCGUUCAGAAGCUCUACAAUUAGAUUCCCAGCUUUUUUAUUAUCUGCGUAGCCCAGAUUCCAAUUUAAUCAGUUCUGUUGGAAAUAUUUCAGUAUUUGAUGUGCACAUCUAGAAAUGUGUCAUCUACCAUUUCAGUUUUAUCGUCAAAUUGAUUCUACUCGUAGUCUUAUAAUGUUCACGCCUCUUUCCUGAAGGGGUAGACAAAGACUACACCUUUACCACUCCCCACGAUCACUGCAUAUUUCUUUCGCUAAAUCCAUAUUCAUAAGUCUCUUUUCUGAAGAGUAUGUAGCGGGAGCGAUGAUCGACCGCCACCAAAGGGAAGACCAGGCUAGGUGUUAUGCCUGGGGAACCGCGGCUCCGACAAUGUUGUGUCGGAGGUUGUACAUAUGCGCCAAUCCGUGAAAUCUUUACUUGCGCGAUUUAGGCUUUUUGCAAUUUUUUAAUUAUGUCCCAUGAUUUUGUUUUUGUGACUUGUGGUGUAAAGAUGCCGCUACAAGUGUAUACUUACGGAAACUUAUCUUAAUAGAGUUUCUGAUUAUUUUUGUUAUACUUAUAUGUAAUGUAGUCUAGUCUAAAUGGGACAAAUGAAUUGAGAUCCAGCUAAAUAAGUGGUUCUAUAUUAAUACUAAAGCGUAGGCGCCGAAGCAAGUCUUCCAGACAAAGCAAACUGCAGAAUAACUGACAGUGGUAAAUCAUUAUAGUCAAGUAAUAAUUUAAGUCUUUGGCUAGUAUUAUAUAGAGAAUUCGAUUUGUGACAAAGUAUAUUUGAAAGGAAAAGUAAUGAAACGUUUGAGAUGAAACCAUCCGAUAUGGCAAGACCGUCGCGGCUUUCACUGUGACAUUUGCUGAGGGGAAACAUUUUUGGUACAUUUUUAAAUGUAAUUUGUCAUAUUUUAACGUAUUCUUUGUAUUUUGUUCCAAAUACUUAUUUUUUAUUUCUUUUUUUCUUUCAAUCCAUAAUUGUGACACUUCGUUGAAAAAUGAUUUCUAUAAAUUCCCUUCAUAGGAAAACUUAUGGCAAUAACUGGUAGUUAGUUCAAUUCGUUUACGAAUUGAUGAACGAUUCGAAAGUAUAAUCGACCACCGAACAAUGUUUGGCGUUCAAGGUCGGCCAAUGUCGGCCAUUUUAGUGAAGAUAACUUUGCAUAAAAAUGUCUUUUAAAGAUGUAUGAGAAUGGCAUAACAAAGUAACGUUAACCCUUUUCCUAGUUAAGAAAAACAUUCGUUAUACAGGCCUCUGUUACGUGUAAUUAUAUUUUUUUAAUCAUCAGUCAACCUUGACCCUGGUUGUCAAGGGCAUCGAGACCGUCAGCAAACCUCCCGAGACUAAACUUGAGAUUAAACUUAACGAAUUAUUAAGAAGUCGCUUUGAUCAUUUGAAAUUCAAAUGACAUAUUAUGGCGCCCUCUUACAGAAACACCAGAAAUGUAUUAAAGUUCAAACAAGAUCGAUGUUAACUAGAUAAACAGAUUAAAAGUUAUGCAAUAUUAGGGACAUACCUACAAAUUAAAUAGACUUUACUCGAGAUUUUGUUUCCCAUUAUUUUACCUAUUAAGAAACAUUUCAUCAAGACGAAUUGAAUGAUUUAUAGAUUGUAGAAACCCGUCCAGUUAAACAUAGCAGAACCGUUGUAUACCACAAUAGUUUCGGCGAUAUUAAGUACCUUUUAAAGAAUAUUGCAUUGAUCUAUUACUCGAGCAUUUCCUUUUGCGAGUACAAAUGAAGAGCAAAAUGCAAUAUAAUUGCAAGUAAUAUAAUAAUAUAAUUGUACAUGAUAUAGUGACAUCAAUACCUAUAGACUGCGCAACAUCGGAAAUAAACUUUUACGUAAAGAUUUCAUUAUUUGAUAAAAUUUUGUGACAGCUUUGCUUUAGUAACUGGCGGAUGCUCUACCACACAAAUGACACAAUACACACAAUAGACCUCUCAUAAGUAGAAUGAUUGAACUAGAAUUACACCCUAUUUCAAGCCUGAAAUUGUGAAAUGAGUCAUAAUAAUUUUGAGUCAUAUAGUUAUUCACCCGCUUGCUGAACACAAUAACUACUUAAAUAUUAUAACAAUAAUAUUGACUAAUUAUUAGAGAAUUAAUGAUUUAUUUGUGACUUACAUCUACCAUUAAUCCAGAAACUUACCAGAAAAGUAUGCGCCUGAAAGAAGUAAAAAUAUCAUAAGGGCACAACACUAUUUAAACAAUAAAUAAAUUUAUACUCAAGCCUUUUAAACCUUUUACACAAAUUAUGCAUGCGAAAAUCGUUUGGGGACAUACGCUAUAAUGAAAAUUUACUAUCAGCAUUAGGUAGUUUUAGCAACGGAUUAACCUUAAGGAGCACUUUACCUAUAAAAUAACUGUGUAUUUAAUAGGUAAAUUGCUUAAAAAUUUGAACAGACCCCAAAAAGGCUAAAUUCUAAAAAACACAUUUAAGUUUAUUAUGUAUUUAUGAGGAAAUAAGCUACAUAAAUAAUUAUAAAAAAAAAACUUAACAUAUGCGAGCAUUAAACACAGGAAAUAAAUAAACUUCGCAUCAAAACGAAACACCCGCAUAAUUUUCCUCGUUAUGAACUACCUAACUGGUGUUCGUCAUCUCUUUGAUACAUUUAUGUAAUAGUAAAGCGGCUCUAUCAACUCAGGAACCGAAAAUGAAUGUGGAUCUGUAUUUUGACACAUAAUUUAGCUUGCUCUAUAAAGUUUACGGUCGUGAAAAAUAUUCCACACAUGGCGCAAUACUUGGCAAGAAUAUCGCAUUCAUCAAUAUAUAUCGGAGUAGGGUUGCCAGACGUCCAGAAUAAACUGGACAAUGGCUUUUGUUGGCCGUUUUAUAUUCCGAAAUUUGCCUGGAUUGAGACUCACGUCACGAUCUAACGUUCUAAAGAGCAAGCUCUGAUAGUUUGCAACAGUGCAGUGUGUCUAACUUAUUUACAUAAAUGUUAGGCCAAGCGCUUGGGAUUCUUGUUUUAGCCGAUGGUCUAGCAACUUGCCACCUUUUGUUUGAAUCUCGGUUCCAUCAUUAACCCGUUCAGCCGAACUUGGCCUUUCUAUAUUUUUGGGACUGUGGGCUCUGUCUACUUGUAAGGUUUACCCCGUAAGGGAUUAUGAUGGUAUGUGUAGGUAUAACUCGCAUGUGGACUUGAUAACCCUAUGAUGCCGGCCCUUUGUUUCUCCACGAAUGCUUGUAAUUCUGUAUCGUGGCUCUACUGUAUUGUAGUGCUAUCAAAUAAGGGCAUUUUGUAUUCCUUACAUGACCCUCGAAUACAGAUGUCACCGCUAAAUUACGUAACAGGAAUAGUAUCCCUUAUAGGUAUAUGGAUGAUGUAAUAGUUACCUCACUUUCGGUUUUUAAACACGACCUGUAUAUGUUACCAACAAAGUGUGUCGGGUGGUAACUAGUUUUGGUUUUUAUCGGUUACUCAGAUGACUCACUCCUAGGGCAUUUUAACUAGAAUAAUACUUACACUUUACAAUUUGUCAUUCUUUUUAAACCAGCGACAUCUGGAAAGACCAGCACAGAUACAAUAUGAUUAGUAGCUGUUGAUAUCAUAACCACGUCCAUAAUCCAACCAGCGAGUACUGCUAAUUACAUAAAAUUAAACGAAUCAUCUAGGGAGCUGUUCGAGGCCACUACUUUGUAACUGCAAUGUGUAGGUGUUUACAGUCCGCUAUUCUACCUGAGAACAAUGUAAAAUGUGGCAUUUCUUGAUACUGAUACCUCUGUCACAAGCAUUAUUAUAUACAUAGACAUAGUGGUCUACUUAUUUGUAAUUAGUCAGAUAUUGACACUUAAAAAACCCUUUAACAUUGACUAUUGAAAUUGAGCGUAUUUGAAUUUAAACUAUGAAAAAAUACAUGUAUUUGGUCCAAGGUAGAAUAUAUUUAACAUUUUAUAGAAAUAGAAAAAUUUAUCAUGUUAACAAUGUAAUAAUUUUACAACAAAGAUUCCUUAAAUUCGUUUUACGGGUCCAGAAAAAAGUAAAAAACAAAGUGUGUGUGAUGUGUGAGCUCUACUAAUGUCUACUUAACUGUCUUGAAGUAUUAUUUUAUCGUAUUGUAAGAUAUGGGUUGUGUGCAAGGAAGCGCGUUGUACGCGAUAAUAGUCUGGGGGUAACUGCACUGGCGGAUGUAAUAAAAUGAGCUAGAUUUCUAUAUGUUUAAGUUUUAACUUCUCCCUUUUUAAUUUUUAUAUUUAGUACUAAAGGUAGCUCUUUAAAAUUCAGAAAUUUAUUAAAAUUGUAAUAUAACUUUAAUAAUAAUAUGUUUGACAAAGUCGCAACAUUAGACAUUAGGCAUGCUUGCCAACUUUUAAUACUAAUUUGCAUUUUAAACAACCAAAUCCAUUUGUACGAAAGUUUCCACAGAGGCUUUUAAUUUCAACGGUUUGCUUUAGUAUUUUGUUAUUUAUUUUUCUUAAACAACAUAACCUAUUUUCUAGUGGAUACUUAGUGCAAAUUUCAUGCAAUUGCCGAAGUACAAAUCCAUUGCAAUGCUGCUCUGUGAUCGAAUUUACAAGACAGACUUCCGCCAGUGAAAUGAUCAGCUCAGACAGAAAAAAGCGUAUGUAUAAUCUAAGAAAACUUAAUAGAUAAAAAAAAAUUAAACGCUUUUUCCUUUAGGUAAAGAAUUUAUUUCGCUUUGCUCUGUCUGAGCUUACCCGAAGUGAGCUCAAUGCAGCUCAGCUAAGCCCGAUGCGGCUGAGACUGUAAGAUUGUAUUAUUCUUAUGUAAAUAGAAUUGUAAGAUAAUGUAAUUUGUUCCCUUUAGCUGUUAAGUGUUGAUACAUUCACAUUUUAUUUGUGUUGAAAACAUUUCUUUGUGUGAAUACGCCGCGUUCGACCACUAAAUUAUACAGAUUAAAAAACCUCUCUCGUGUUAAGUAGAUAAGGUUUAUUCAUAGCUAUUUAGGUGCCUCAGCGAUUGUUAUAAUUUAAUUGAAUUUGUAUUAUAGUGAGAAAACAAAAUUCCUAGAAUUUAUUUUUAUUAUCGUAACUUUAAGCACUUCGCAAAUUUUUGUUAAAAGAAAAGCGACAUAUCUGCAACCUGUGACAUUGCAGCCUCAACGAGCAUUGCGUCUGAAGCCCAUUCAGAAUGCACAAAACCUGCGAUAUGGCACCACACACUGUUGAAUUAAUUCAUGAAAACUGAACACAGUACUAAAAGAGACAGGGUUUUCUUCCUUGAUUUUUUCACGGUGUAAACUUAAGUGUUCAAUCUCCUUAAAAGUGAUACUCCAUUGCAGUUUGCAGCAUUUUGAAUGGUGCUGCAGAAUCCAACUUUUUUGUAAAAUUGCCAAAAGUGUAGAGUAUAUAGUGUAAUUAUUAUAUUUAAUAUAGUAAAUAGAGAAGUAUUAUUAUCAUAGCUAUUUCAGUUAAAAUCAGACAUGGCCGUCGAGGUCCGUGGUCAAUUAACCCUGGCACAAACAUGAAAAACAGUGGCCAUUGACUAUUCGCUAUGGGUCGUUUCCGCACCACGGUAUUUUUUUUAAAUUCAAUCACAGUUUUUCGUAAACAAAUUCAAAAGAAUCAAUUAAUAAAGAAACAAAAUUGAUAGUUAAACAAACCACUGUUAAAAUUAUUUGCUUGCCUAAUUAAAAGUUCUUAUAGAUUAGAGAAAACUUUAUCAUAAAAUUAACUUAUCAAUCGAUUACAAGCUUUAGAACCCGAAGCUCAUAGAAGCUUCGCGAUUUAUCUAGAAGGAUAAAAAAUCGACUAUUUUCUUAUCUUUGUUUAUAUUUAUUUUUUCAAAGAUGAAGAUUCCAUAUUGAAAAUAUAUUACAAAGUCCUCCAGGAUUAUGUGUAAAUAAUUUUAAACGUAUAUAGGAAAAAGAAAGAAAAAAUCUAUAUCAAAAAGAACUUUAUUCUCUUCCGCAGUUUCUACCCUUAAAUAUAUAAGAGGCAUAUCCUAAAUGUCGAAACGACCCAGAGUCAAAAGUACCUUUAAAAAUAAAUCGUAUUUUGUAUAACUUCUGUACACUGAAAAAGCUAAGCAUUUCCUUGAGAGUGAGAUAUUUAUUUUCCCUAACGAUGUAUUUAAAGAAUGGUGACGUCAUAUUUUAUAGUACAGUACAAGGUGUUUUUACGGCGUACUCUAAUUAUAGUUUGUCUAAAGCGUAGGCGGAAAAGCGGAUAAUAAGUAAAUAUUCGAUUUUUCUGUCACUUAUAUUGAUGACAUAAUUACUUCUGUUGAGAUCUUAUUAAUACUAUGUGAUUUAAUGUGAGUGAUAAUAUGAUCUUUAAAAAAGACCUGCACUUUUAGUAUCCCGCUUGGAGGGUCCACCAUGGAAAUCCUAGUUACAAAACCAGCGUCAUAAGUAUCAAAACCACAUCUGUCUAUUUUUAUAGGCAGAGGUUGAACACAUCAGUUUAGUAUAAGUUUUUCCUCCUGUGGUAGAAACAAACUUUGAUCAUUUGAUUUGUUCAAACGUUCGAACUGGUGCGAUCUAUCACUAAUGUCAUCUAUAUUACUAAAUAUAAUCUUGAUGAUAGCAUGUUCAUGAGGAUAAAAUGUACCUGCUACCAUUAUAUUUGCAUUUUAACAACUAAUAUAUCAUUAUCAUCAUAUCAGCUGUAGGACGUCCACUGCUGAACAUGGGCCUCCCCAAUGACUUCCACUUCGCUCUGUUGAAGGUGACCAGCAUCUAAUGUUCUCUGCGGAAUUCACCAAAUCAUCGGCCCAUCUCGCAGGGGGCUGUCCUACGCUGCACUUUUCGGUACGUGGUGUCGACCAUCCGCUGUUCGAAUAAUGUAGCUUCCCUAUUGCUACUUCAGUUUGCUGACCAGAGCUGCCAUGACGGUUACUUUAGUUUGUCUAAAGAUAUUCUUAUUCCUGAUUCGAUCUCGCAGAGAAACACCGAACAUAUCUCUCCUCCAUAACUCGCUGAGGGGCCCUGAGUUAUGAGUUUUUAUACUAUAAGUUAAAAGAGUGAAAUCAUCCCCCGCCAGUUUGAAUCUUGACAAAAAUAAGUCCUAAUAACUAAUACUGAUUGAACAAAACAAAUGUUCUAGUUAGACUACGCCGUUUUCAUGAACGUUGUUCAAAAUGGAAAGUGAUAAUUUAUUCCGUGCACAAGGGAUAAUUUUAUAUCAUAAGACUAAAUUAACGUUAGAUUGUGCGAACAAUUCGCUUUAAGACCUUUCUCAAUCUUUCGCUUUGAAUCUUUUAGUGUAUAGUGGUUUGCAUGUCAAGAAAAGAUUCUCUGAAUAUUAGCAUGAGGUUGCCGUAGGUCUGUUCUGUAAUUUAUUAUAAUAAUAUCUGCGGUCGAGACGUCAGAUUUUCUCUCUACUGUAUUGGUUAUUUUGUAUAUUGAUGUGCGAACGACUAUGCAUAAAGCUAUUGUGCAUUCUAUCAGGUGCAUAGAACCCUUUGAGCUGUCAUUACGUCGCUGCAGCCGCUUUGUGGAUCUCAAGCGAUUAUCGCAAUCUCGGCAGUGCUGCGCUGUAAUCGGCUGGAAGCGUUCUUGUAAAUAAAUAUAUUGUGUACAACUUGGUCCUAGUUGAAAUGGGGAAGACGACACAAAAAAGUGAUUUGCUGAUCUUUCUAAAAUAAUCAAGGAUAAUGUAGUAUUAGUGAAAUUAAAAUAUUUUUUCUCGUCUAGUUAUUACGUAUUAUGUAUAUAACUUGUUUAAACAAUUUGUUCCUUUAAAGUGUAAUUUUCCCGUUUUAACUAACCAAGUGCACGUUAUUUUUAGUCGUACAUAUAACUUUUAACGAAAUCUAAAGUUAACCCACAAGAAUUUGGGUAGUCUUUUUCGGUACAAGUUAACAUUCUUGUGGAUAUUUAUGGUCUGUCAACAUAGCAGCCUAUUGUUUACUCUACGUAGGUGUAUAAAUAUAAAAUUGUUAGUUAUUUUCAUCUUGUUUCCACUCGACGUCACGUAAAUAAUCCUAGAUAUAACAAUAAAGUCGGCCAUAUUUGUUUACAAAAUUGUUAGUUUCUAUUGAAAAAGACAAAAUUGAUAUGUCUGUAUGUAUAUAUUACAAUUGUAAUAUGAAGGUUUGUUACAUGGAGGAGGCGCGGAAGUGCCUGGUGUGUGAUGAUGAUGUGAUCACGUACAUACUGUGCUUCUAUGUUGAGACAUUAAUAAAUCUGACUGUAGCA